AUGGAGAGGAGUGGGCAAUACCUGCAGCUACAAGGCCCGGUCUGGCAGUCAGACCCGACAAACGACCUUCUACCAUCCCAGCACCCGAUCGACAACACUGAGGAAUCAGAAACGCAAGGAGCAGAUGACUGGCUAAACGGAAUCGCGAACGAAAUCGGCGAUAUAUGGCUUUACGGUACCCCAGAUGACGACCCAUCUCACAGACACCUAUGGUCACAAACCCCCGCACGGCUGGAGGGGGAGUGUACAAAGGAUGCAAAUGCCCUGAGCACCAGGAAGUAUACAUGGACUAGCCAACAUGGGACACCGAUUUAA